CGUGCACCCGUCAGCUGAUCAGUUCGCCUCUGCGGAAUUAACUCGCCUCACUGCGAUAUUUUCAUUAAAAAAACACCGACAGAACGAACAUGAGACGAUAAAAAUCCGCUCCGUAUCACAGAGAACAUGACAGGAAACACUCUGGUAUUACCCAUCGUUCUGUGGGGUCGUAAUGCUCCCACUCACUGUAUCUCCAGUCUGCUGGUGAUGGACGAUCUGUCCACCAUCAUCACCGGCUGCCAUGAUGGACAGAUCUGCAUCUGGGACAUGACCUCAGAGCUGGAGAUUAAUCCCCGGGCUCUGCUGUUCGGUCACACGGCCUCCGUCACCUGUCUGUCCAAGGCCAGCGCAGGAAGUGACAAACAAUACCUCGUCAGCGCCUCUGAGAGCGGAGAAAUGUGUUUAUGGGAUGUCAAUGAUGGACGUUGUAUUGAGUUCACAAAGCUGGCCUGUGCACACACCGGUAUACAGUUUUAUCAGUUCACCAUCGGCACACAGAGGGAGGGACGUCUCCUGUGCCACGGACAUUACCCAGAAAUCCUAGUGGUGGACGCCACCAGUCUGGAGGUCUUGUACUCGCUGGUAUCCAAGAUUUCACCUGACUGGAUCAGUUCUAUGAGCAUAGUUCACUCACACCGCACGCAAGAGGACACAGUUGUAGCUAUAUCUGUUACUGGUAUUCUGAAAGUGUGGAUUAUCACCGAUGAUGUCAGCAGAAUGCAGGAUCUGGAUCCGGUGUUUGAGGAGGAAUCAAAGCCGAUCUACUGUCAGGGUUGCCAGAGUAUUUCCUUCUGCACUUUCACACAGCUCUCCCUGUUGGUGGUGUGUUCAAAGUACUGGAGGGUGUUUGAUGCUGGUGAUUUCUCUCUUCUUUGUUCGGUCCCGAGUGAGAACAAUCAGUCUUGGGCAGGAGGAGAAUUUAUCGCUGCUGAUAAAGUGAUUAUAUGGACUGAAGAUGGAUGCAGCUACAUUUACAAACUACCAGCCAGCUGUAUCCCGGCGAGUGAACAUUUCCGCACUAAUGUGGGGAAGACGACGGAAGGUUCCAUUCCUCCUCUGGUGUACAGCAUAGCAGACCGUGCUGACAAACAGCCGCAGGAGGGGUGGGAGGGGCAGUGUGUUGUGGUGUGUCUCCCUGACAAUGGUUGUGAUCUGGAGCUCUACACUCCUGAAUUGCAAUACAGCCAGCGGCCUCUAGAGGCACCACUUCUGAUUUGUCCGCCGGUCACACGGUUCUUUUUCGGUCGGAGGGAGCCGUUCCACAAACUACUGAUUCAGGGAGAUUCUGCGGGCAGACUGACGGUGUGGAGCAUUCCGGAAACAUCUCCCUUACAGCCGCUGUCAUCCGCUGCAGAGCUCCAGGUUUCUCUCAGCAUCAGUCUGCAGGAGGCGUUUGAUAAGUUAGCUCCUUCUCCGGCGGGCAUCAUUGACCAACUGAGUGUUCUGUCCGGCUCUAACGACCCCAUCAAAGUGACGGCCAGCGUUUAUAUCCCGUCUCAGGGGCGACUGGUGUGCGGACGGGAAGAUGGCAGCAUCAUACUGGUUCCUGCUACACAGACGGCCAUCGUUCAGCUACUGCAGGGAGAACACAUGCUGCGCAGAGGUUGGCCGCCUCAUCGUACCCUCAGAGGUCACAGACAAAAGGUCACGUGUCUGCUGUACCCUCAUCAGGUGUCUCCACGCUACGAUCAGCGCUCCCUGGUGUCUGGAGGCAUCGACUUCUCUGUCAUCAUCUGGGAUAUUUUCACAGGCGAGAUGAAGCACAUCUUCUGCGUUCACGGAGGAGAAAUCACACAGCUGAUCGUUCCUCCAGAAAGCUGCAGCACGCGUGUGCAGCAUUGUGUGUGUUCUGUGGCCAGCGAUCACUCCGUGGGUCUGUUGAGUCUGAGAGAGAGGAAGUGCAUCAUGUUGGCCUCAAGGCAUCUGUUCCCCAUCCAGGUGAUCAAAUGGAGGCCGUGUGAUGAUUAUUUGGUGGUCGGAUGUUCAGACGGAUCCGUCUACGUGUGGCAGAUGGACACAGGAGCUCUGGACCGAUGUGUGAUGGGCAUCACUGCAGUGGAGAUACUGAACGCGUGUGAUGAGGUGGUACCCGCGGCGCUGGACUCUCUCAAUCACCCCGCAGUGAAUCUGAAACAGGCCAUGACCCGCCGCAGUCUCGCCGCGCUCAAGAACAUGGCACAACACAAACUCCAGACGCUCGCCACCAACCUGCUCGCGGCCGACAACGCUGACAAGGGAAACCUUCCCAAAUACUCGCAUAACUCGCUGGUUGUCCAGGCGAUGAAGACCAACGUCACGGAUCCCGACAUGCACGUGUUGUUUUUCGAUGUGGAAGCUGUUAUCAUCCAGUUACUGACGGAAGAAGCUCAGCGCCCAAACCCCACCCUCGUCUCUCCCGAAACACUGCAGAAAGCACCCGGUGGGGCGGAUAAAGGCGGAUCCUUCCUGGCCAAUAAGAUCUUCAAACAGGUGAAAGAGACCAUUAAAGAGAACAUCAAAGAGCACCUGCUGGAUGAAGACGAAGAUGAGGAAGAGGAGCUGCGUCGUCGCGAGGAGAAGUCAAAGUCUUUGAGUUUGCUGGAGUAUAAUCUCACCAUGGACACGGCCAAACUCUUUAUGUCCUGCCUGCACGCCUGGGGCCUGAACGGAGAACUCGACGACGUGUGUUUGAACCGACUGGGCAUGCUCAGACCGCACACGCUGAUCUCCUUUGGCCUAAUCUCUCGGGGCGGUCACAUGUCCCUGAUGCUGCCCACGUUUAAAGACUCACUGCUCAGGCAGCUGGCGCAGGGAUCCGCGGAGGGCUGCAAAAUUUCUGUCUCUGAAGUUGUGGGCAAGGGCACUUACGGCAUUUCCAGAGCGGUUACCACGCAGCACCUGCUGUCCGUCAUCUCGCUAGCUAACACACUGAUGGGCAUGACCAACGCCACGUUCAUCGGAGAGCACAUGAAGAAAGCACCAGCCAGGCCCCCAAGACCAGGGACCCCUGAGACCACAAGAAAGAGCAGCCCACAGGUCUCCAGCCCGGCCAUGCAGGGACAGAUCAAACAAGCUGCCGUCGCUGUUUCAGGACUGUCUCACUCUCCCUCAGUCAAUGAAGGUUGGAGUCAGCUCGCUGCCAUGCAUUGUGUGAUGUUACCUGAUCUUCUGGGGUUGGAUAAGUUCAGGCCUCCUCUCUUGGAGAUGUUGGCACGCAGAUGGCAGGAUCGCUGCCUGGAGGUUCGAGAGGCGGCCCAGGCUCUUCUGUUAGCAGAACUGCGUCGGAUUGGUCAGUCGGGCAGGAAGGACACUAUCGACAUGUGGGCACCAUAUCUGCCGCAGUAUGUGGACGCUGUUAGCUCCCCGGGAGCCGCCCCAGAAACCACCCAACUUGCCCCGCCCCCUCAUGAAGCCCCGCCCACGGAGCCCAAAGCUCCAGAGGAAGAAAUGGACGUGGCGGAUGAUGACAUCACAGCAGGUUGUCUGUCUAACCUUCCCCCCAAUGCUAAGAAGAUCUGUAACUCAUAUGAGGAGAGGAGGAAACAGGCGACAGCUAUCGUCCUGCUGGGUGUGAUCGGGGCGGAGUUUGGUGCAGAGAUCGAACCCCCUAAACUACCGUCGCGAGCUCGGACCAGCAGUCAGGCUCCAGAGGGUUUCGGUUUGACCACCGGCGGCUCCAACUAUUCACUGGCCCGUCACACCUGUAAAGCAUUGACGUUUCUUCUUCUACAACCUUCGAGUCCCAGAUUGCCCCCUCACAGCACCAUCCGUCGUACAGCGAUCGAUCUGAUUGGUCGAGGGUUCACGGUGUGGGAGCCGUAUAUGGACGUGUCGGCUGUUCUCAUGGGUCUGCUGGAGCUCUGCGCCGACGCUGAGAAACAACUGUCCAACAUCUCAAUGGGUUUGCCCCUGAGCCCGGCCGCUGAUUCCGCUCGAUCGGCCCGUCACGCCCUUUCCCUGAUCGCUACCGCACGACCGCCUGCCUUCAUAACCACCAUCGCAAGAGAGGUUCACAGACACACAGCGAUGCAGUCACAGGGUUCUCAGUCGCAGCAGAACGUUCACACCACAACACUCGCACGAGCCAAAACUGAGAUCCUGCGAGUCAUUGAGAUCCUCAUCGAGAAAAUGCCAUCUGAUGUGGUGGAUCUGCUGGUGGAGGUGAUGGAUAUCCUCAUGUACUGUAUUGAAGGAUCUCUAGUGAAGAAGAAAGGUCUGUCCGACUGUUUCCCAGCUGUCUGCAGGUUUUAUAUGGUUGCGUAUUGCGAUCGCAGUUACCGUAUCGCCGUUGGCGCCCGUCAGGGUUCAGUUGCGCUUUACGAUGUCCGCACUGGGAAAUGCCAGCACAUCCACGGGCAUAAAGGACCUAUAACAGCAGUUUCCUUCGCGCCAGACGGGCGCUACCUCGCCACCUACUCCAACGCUGACAGUCACAUCUCAUUCUGGCAGAUGAACACAUCUCUUUUAGGAAGCAUUGGGAUGUUGAAUUCAGCUCCUCAGCUGCGAUGUAUUAAAACCUAUCAGGUUCCUCCAGUGCAGCCGGCAUCGCCUGGAUCUCAGAACGCCCUCAAACUAGCUCGGCUCAUCUGGACCUCCAACCGUAACGUCAUUCUGAUGGCCCACGAUGGCAAGGAACAUCGUUUCAUGGUCUGAGGGGUCAAGGGGUCAGUUAUCAGGGAGUCGUGACCUUUCACCCAGUACUGCGUUUACACUCUCGACACCCGUCGGUGUUCGUUUCCAUUAUUGAAGAUGAUAAAAGACUGCUGUCCAUGUAGACUUGUGUUGGCAUUUUUGAAACAUGUUUAUCUGCUUGAAGGUCAGACGGGUUUUGGUCAGACAGAUGUAAUGGAGUUGAUAUCAGAAAAUUUUCGCUUGUUUAUUUACAUGAAAUCUUUGAAUAUUCGCUCACUAUGUAAACUCAGUUGAUUCAUUUAAGCUAUUUAAGCAUUUUGGCUGUGCUUACAAAUGCAUAUAUACAAAACACACUCACGCACACACCUUCAAACAUACAUUUGCACUCGUGAGGUGCACCAGGGCUCUGUACUGGGCCCUCUUCUAUUCUCUUCCUGUGUAAAAUCAGAGAAGAGAUUCUGUCCCAAAUGCCUCACUGAUGACACUGAGACUUCACGUUAUUUAUAAUCAAAGAAUCAUCAUUCGUACUGGAUGGCUAAAGUCAUAUCGUGAUGUAUCAUAGGAAUUAUCUUCAGGAAUGACCCUUCUUGUUGUGUUUUUGUGAAAUGUUUUGGUUUGUUUUUGUCAGUUUGUGAGUUGUUGGUUAGUAAGAUGUUAUAGACACUGAAAUGCACAUUUAAAGGCAGUCAUGUUAGCUUCUUCCACAGUGACUAAUGCAAACGCUGCACACCGUCUGCUGUAAUUCACAGAGCAAGUUAUAAAAGUUUUAUUUUAGAGAAGUAUUUAAUGUACAGAAUAUCUAAAUCUCUGUCUGUGACUUCAUGAAAGUUUAAGAAAACACUGCUAGCUAGUUUCUCAAAGUAAAUCUAAAUAAAAUCUAAAGUAUCAUUAACUUAAUGCAAAAUUGAAAUCCCACUCUAAUUUUUUAACAUAAAAUAAAUAUUUUUAUUACAAUCAAUUAUAUUCAUUUUAAAGUUUAAAUAAAAUCAGCUCAUAUUAAAGGCAGUAUCAUACUAUGAUUUAUAAUUUUAAUUGUACUUAAAAAAAAAAAAUUUUGAUUUAUUUUUACAAUUCUCCACAUACAGGUAUUUGUAUGAACAUCUUUGAAAAAAUCUUUCUUCUUAAGCAAAGAAAAAUAUUUACUUUAUAGAUAUACAAUAUAAACGUUAAAUUAAACAAAUUUCUUUUUACUUUACAAAUGUACUUUACAGUCUAUUUUUCGCUUUGCAGUAAUGAGAAAGAUAUUUUUCGUAUUACAGUAAGCUACUGAGAAAGCCACUGGGGGAUGUCUACAGUAGAUACGUUCAAUUUUAAAGAAAAUAGUGUCACAAUGCAAAAAAGGUCUUAAAAAUAGGCUUAAUUUAAGGUCUUGAGUAUCAUCUUACCCACAAGUUCAGGCAUUUCGACACUUUUUACAUGUCUGGCUGAAAAAAAUUGAGGGAUAUUAUAAUAAUAUAAAAAACACUUUCUUCUGCUUCUGUCAGGGAAAUCCCAGUUUAUUGCCGUCAUGUUCAUUAAAUCUUACUCUGAGCUCACGUCCUGAAACACGAGAUAUUCGGACUCGACGAAAACCAGUGGAGAGUGAAAUCUGUCUGUUUGAGGGUGUGUGUGUGUGUGUGUGUCUGUGAGUGUGAGUGUGUGUACAGGUUUAACCUCCGUUGUGGGGACCAAAUGUCCCCACAAGGAUAGUAAAACCUGAGAUCACCUACAUUGUCGGGACCAGCCAGUGGUCCUCACAAGGGAAAUAACAUAUUAAACGAUGAUUUUUUGAAAAUGUAAAAAUGUAGAACGUUUUUUGUGAGGGUUAGGUUUAGGGGUAGGGUUAGGGUUAGGGGAUAGAAUCUAUAGUUUGUACAGUAUAAAAAUCAUUAUGUCUAUGGAGAGUCCUCAUAAUGAUAGCUGCACCAACAUGUGUGUGUGUGUGUGUGUGUGUGAGUGUGUGUGAGUGUGUGUGUGUGUGAGAGUGUGUGUGUGUGUGUGUGAGAGUGAGUGUGUGUGUGUGUGUGUGUGAGUGUGAGUGUGAGAGUGAGAGUGUGUGUGUGUGUGUGUGUGUGUGUGUGUGUCUGUCUGUCUGUUUGUUUCAGGGUGUGUGUGUGUCUGUCUGUUUGAGGGUGAGUGUGUGUGUGUCUGUCUGUUUGAGGGUGUGGGGGUGUGUGUGUGUGUGUGAGUGUGUCUGUCUGUUUGAGGUUGUGUGUGUGUGUGUGUCUGUCUGUUUGAGGGUGUGUCUGUGUCUGUGUGUGUGUUUGUGUGUGUGUGUGUGUGUGUGCAUGUGUGUCUGUCUGUUUGAGGGUGUGUGUCUGUGUGUGUGUGUGUGUGUGUUUUUGUGUGUGUGUCUGUCUGUUUGAGGGUGUGUGUGUGUGAGAGUGUCUGUGUGUGUGUGUGUGUGUGUGUGUGUGUGUUGUCUGUCUGUUUGAGGGUGUGUGUGUGUGAGAGUGUCUGUGUGUGUGUGUGUGUGUCUGUCUGUUUGAGGGUGUGUGUGUGUGAGAGUGUCUGUGUGUGUGUGUGUCUGUCUGUUUGAGGGUGUGUGUGUGUGUGUGUCUGUCUGUCUGUCUGUUUGUUUGUUUGAGGGUGAGUGUGUGUCUGUCUGUCUGUUUGAGGGUGUAGGGGUGUGUGUGUGUGAGUGUGUCUGUCUGUUUGAGGUUGUGUGUGUGUGUUUUUGUGUGUGUGUGUGUCUGUCUGUUUGAGGGUGUGUGUGUGUGUGUGUGUGUGUGUGUGUGUGUGUUUUUGUGUGUGUGUCUGUUUGUUUGAGGGUGUGUGUAUGUGAGAGUGUCUGUGUGUGUGUGUGUCUGUCUGUUUGAGGGUGUGUGUGCUUUUUGUGUGUGUGUCUGUCUGUUUGAGGGUGUAUGUGUGUGAGAGUGUCUGUGUGUGUGUGUGUGUGUCUGUGUGUGGGAGUGUUUCUUAUGAUGUGGCUUUUAUGUGUCUGUUUAGACUAAUGAAAAAGUCCUUGAACGUCCCGUGAACUGACAGAAAAUUCUAAUCACAGAAUGAUUGAUUUUUAUCCCUGUAUAUAUUAAUGGUUUCCUCUCUCUCUCUCUGCUGUAAAACAUUAACUCUUUUCACGUUGCGCUGGUCUGUCAGGGACGACUUUGGUGCGGCUGGUCUUUUAAAUGGAAAUAAAUAAUGCUUUAUCUAUGUAUUAGAUGUGAAAAGACUAAUAAUCUCAUGUAGUUCCGGACCAUCAAACCAACAGAUCCGUGUGUGUUGUGUGUGUAUAUGUGAAUUGACGGUACAACAUUCAAUGAAUAUAUUGGGCUGUGCUUUAAUGCUGUGUUUCAGGAUAAAACUUGUUGUGUAGUUGUGUUGAAUAAAUAUAAAUGUGAGAAUCA